UCUUUCACUAGAGGCGUUGCUCUUCGGCAGUGGCGCUUCUCUGCGAGGCAAAAAAGAAAUUUCCGCUUCCUGCACCGAUAAACAACUAACGCAACUUGAGCAACACUGGCCGCGAGUUUGACGGCGAACAGCGGAUCCGGUAUACAACCGAGCCUCGGUGUUCGUGGAGCAUUAACGUUAGAGCACCAACCCUCCGACAAUAGCCGCUUUAUUCGGGUUUUCUUUCAUUGUUUUCAAACAUAAGGUUCCUCCAGUAUGUCGGAUCGGGGAGGGCUCCCGAGGACUGGAGGAGUACCGUCUCCGCAGCCCUCCAAGCCGAUGGCGAUCGCCUCCAAUCGGCCGGUGCACAUGAACCUGUACGCCACCUGGGAAGUGGACCGGUCGUCCCCGAGCUGCGUGCCGAGGCUCUUCAAUCUGACCCUGAAGAAGCUGGUCAUGCUGAAGGAGCUGGAUAAAGAUCUGACGUCGGUGGUCAUCGCUGUCAAACUCCAGGGCUCAAAGCGAAUCCUUCGUUCCAAUGAAAUCCUGUUGCCAUCGAGCGGCCAGACGGAAACAGACCUGCAGCUCACCUUCUCCUUACAGUAUCCUCACUUCCUGAAGCGAGACGCCAACAAGCUUCAGAUCAUGUUGCAGAGGAGGAAGAGGUACAAGAACCGGACCAUCCUGGGCUACAAGACCCUGGCGCUCGGCCUCAUCAACAUGGCGGAGGUGAUGCAGCACCCCACCGAGGGCGCUCAGGUUCUGGGUCUGCACAGUCAGCUGAAGGAGGUGUCCGUCCCGGUGGCCGAGAUCAGGGUUUACUCUCUGUCCAGUCAGCCCAUCGACCACGAGGGACCCAAAGCCAAGAUGAACGAUCGUUCUCCUGAUAUUGAUAACUACUCCGAGGAAGAGGAGGAGAGCUACUCGUCUGAGCAGGAGGGCAGCGACGACCCCGUGCAUCACUAUCUAGAUGAUGAAGAGGACGAGGUGAGGAAGAAGAAACCCAGACGCAAACUUACUUCCAACGCCUCCAUCACGAGACAACCCAACAUCAAGCAGAAGUUUGUGGCGCUGCUGAAGAGGUUUAAGGUGUCAGAUGAGGUGGGGUUCGGCUUGGAGCACGUGUCCCGUGAGCAGAUCCAGGAGGUGGAGGAGGACCUGGACGAACUCUACGACAGUCUGGAGAUGUACAACCCCAGCGACAGCGGGCCCGAGAUGGAGGAGACCGACAGCAUCCUCAGCACUCCCAAACCCAAACUCAGGCCGUUCUUUGAGGGCAUGUCCCAGUCGAGUUCUCAGACAGAGAUCGGCAGCCUGAACAGUAAAGGCAGUCUGAAUCGAGACGCCGUCAGCCCCCAGGGGGAGCAGCCGCCACCAGAUAAACUCAAACACUCGCGCAGCCGUAACCUGGACGAGCCGCUGUCCGAGACCGACACGCUGGAACUGAAUGAUCAGGAGAUGUUCGCUGAUGUCGGCCCCUGUAUAAUGGUGUCUGUGGCUGAAAAACCACGGACACCCUUAAAAACCAGCAAGAAUGAGAUUCAGGCCAUGCCGUCACCCAGGCUGGAUGGAGGACACACACCCCGUAAGCGCUGCACUCCUAUGAAAGACCGGCAGCUCUCCAAGCCUCUGAGCGAGCGCACCAACAGCUCGGACAGCGAGAGAUCCCCUGAGCUCGCCCACAGCACACCGGUCCUCAGGAAGGCUGUCUAUGAUCAGUUGAAUCAGAUUCUGUUAUCUGACGCUGCUCUUCCUGAAAGUCUCAUCCUGAUCAAUGGCACAGACUGGCAAGGACAGUAUGUCGCAGAGCAGCUGCAGGUCCAGAAGCAUCCGGUGGUGUGUACAUGUUCCGGCGCAGAGAUCCAGGCCGUUCUCUCGGCUCUCCUCACACGCAUCCAGAAGUUCUGUAACUGUAACUCGUCGAUGCCUCGGCCGGUGAAGGUCGCGGUGGUCGGCGCUCAGAGUUAUCUGGGAUCAGUCCUGCAGUUCUUCGUCACUCAGCUGGCCAACAAGACUUCUGAUUGGCUCAAUCACAUUCGCUUCCUGGUCGUGCCUCUGGGUUCUCAUCCUGUUGCUAAGCACCUGGGUGCCCUUGACAACCGCUACAGCGCAGCCUUCCUGGACGGAGCGUGGAGAGACUUAUUCAACCGAUCAGAGCCGCCGCAGACAGGUACACACACACACACACACACACACACAUGCUCACACACACUGUAUGCUGUAACUGUGUGUGUUGUAGAUGCGGUGGACGUGGCGUCUCGAGUGACUCAGUACAUCAGUGGAGCCGCUCACACACACCAGCUGCCGAUCGCUGAGGCCAUGUUGACCUGCAAACACAGAACGAGGGAUGAAGAUUCGUAUCAGAAGUUCAUACCGUUCAUUGGGGUGGUGAAAGUGGGUUUGAUAGAGCCAGGCCAGUCAUCAGCAGGCGACCUGGAAGAGGGCGUGGCUGUGAGUCUGGCCGUCCCGUCCACGUCUCCGCCCUCUCACGGGUCUCCCGCCAGCCUGAAGGAGAUCGCCACGCCCCCCUCCUCCCCCUCCAUGGGCGGCGGCUUGGCUGUGCAAGGGAGCCCCAGCAUGUCUCACGGGGUGGACGCCAUCGGCCUGCAGGUGGACUACUGGCUGGCGUCCCUGUCGGAGAAGCGUCGCGAGGGCGAGAGGAGGGACACCGGCUGUAAGAACACCCUGAAGAGUGCCUUCUGGUCGCUGCAGGUCAGCCGGCUGCCAGGAGGGGGAGCCAGCGAGCCUCAGGCGCCCGUCAACACUAUGGCCAUGACCGUGGUCACCAAAGAGAAGAACAAGAAAGUUCCCACUAUUUUCCUGGGGAAGAAGCCUAAAGAGAAGGAGAUGGACUGCAAGAGUCAGGUGAUCGAGGGCAUCAGCCGGCUCAUCUGCUCCGCCAAACAGCAGCAGACCAUCCUGAAAGUCACCAUCGAUGGAGGGGAGUGGAGCGACGUGAAGUUCUUCCAGUUAGCCGCUCAGUGGCCGACGCACGUCAAGUAUCUCCCGGUGGGACUGUUCGGAUACAGCAAACCAGCUUCCUAGGACCGACCACUCACUGAGCCCGCCUCUUCAACCCGCGUCCCAUCACGCACUGGGGCGAACGCUGGCCAGCCGGUGGGUGGGUGGGUCGAGUUGAAGACGGGUACGAUAGACUUUUAUCAGCGCUAGUCACUUUUAUUUAUCAAAGGUCCCAGUGCCACAUAUGGGGGCCAAGCACAAAAUUAGCAUACACCACCUGACUAUUUAACCGCUUAUCUUUUAUCAAUGGCUUCCCUCAACCACCAAUGCAGUUUAACCCUCGCUUAAAUCUACCAUGGUGACUGUAGAUAACGUUACACAAUAGUGCUUGGUCGCUUGGCAACGAUGGAAUUGUGGUUGUUACUACAGUUACCAUGGUCGUUUUUUUGUAAACAAAGAUUAUUUAACAUGU